CAAUUCAGGCCUUCACAAAUGAACCCAGGUCCCCCUCGGAUAUAAAUUCCCACACCUAAACCCUAAACCCUAAAUUCAACACAGUCCUUAUUCAUCAUCUGUCUCUCUCUCAAUCCCUUUAUUCGGAACCAUUCUUCAACCUCUCUCUUGUAGAAAGCAGGAAUCAAAACCCUAGUUCAUUUUAUGGUUCUGAAACUCAAGAGAUAGUUGAAGGGAUCUGGAUCUUCCAGAUGUGCAGACUCGGCCGAGUCGGUAUGAACAACACCUGACUUGAGUUCAAGCCUUGUUUUUGAACAUGGAUGUUAGCUGUCAGAGCUGGGGUUCAAAAACUUGAACUGGGACCAGGACCAAGUCCAAGUGAAAUCUGAUUCUACUCCUCACUCCACAAGAUCUCAUCAUGGCAAACCCAAAAGUAUUUUUUGACAUCCUGAUUGGCAAAGCAAAAGCUGGUCGAGUAGUAAUGGAACUCUUCUCAGACAUCACCCCAAAAACUGCUGAAAACUUCCGUAGCCUAUGCACUGGUGAAAAGGGCAUUGGAAGGUCAGGCAAACCCCUCCACUACAAGGGCUCGACCUUUCACCGAAUAAUACCAGGCUUCAUGUGUCAAGGAGGUGAUUUCACAAGAGGAAAUGGAACAGGUGGAGAGUCAAUCUAUGGCCUAAAAUUCGAAGAUGAAAACUUCAAAAAGAAGCAUGUUGGACCUGGUGUUUUGUCAAUGGCCAAUUCUGGUGCGAAUACAAAUGGAUCACAGUUUUUUAUUUGUACUGCAAAGACCUCUUGGCUUGAUGGGAGACAUGUGGUUUUUGGACAUGUGGUUGAGGGGUAUAAUGUGGUUGAGGCAAUGGAGAAGGUUGGUUCCGAAGAUGGGAUGACUUCUUCGCCAGUCAUGAUCGAGGACUGUGGACAGGUGAAUCCAUGAGUUUUCAUUGGUAGUGUAACAUUUUUAAUUUGCUUUAAUGACAGAUUUCCUUGGCUAAUCCUUGAUAUAUCUAUCAAUCUUCCCUGUACAUGUUAACAUUCGUGUAUUAUGUUCUUCGAGUUAGAAGUUUAAUGGUGAAUUUUGUUACAAAUAAAAAUAGACAGGGAUUUUUCUAUUGGGAA